AUGAUGGAGGAAAUAUUUUCUUUAAUACGCGAAGGAAAUACAUUCAACGUAAGAAUGUGGCUUGAUAAUCCGGACAACGAUAUUAACCAAAGUGAUGAGCAUGGUUUUACUUUGUUACACUGGGCUUCUUGGAAUGGUCGUCUACCGAUUGUUCUUCUUCUCGUUCAACGUGGUGCUAGAGUGAAUGCUGUUAAUAAAUCUGAUGAUACGCCUUUGCAUUAUGCUUGUUCACACAAUCAUUCUGAUGUUAUCCAUUAUCUAAUCAAAAAUAAAGCUUUGGUAAAUGCUGUUAAUGAACAUGGAAAUACACCGUUACACUACUGUUGCUUUUAUUCUUAUGAAACAGCUACAGAGGAAUUAAUACGUUGUGGAGCUUUGCUCACUAUUUUAAAUAAAUAUGGACAAACGCCAUUAAAUUUAACUAAACCAGUUUUGCGACAAAAAUUAAUGGAAUUAGCUCAAAGUCUUGGUCAAGAUUUGAAAACACUCAUACCGUUUAAAGAUCAAUCGUGGAAAUGGACAAUGCACAAUCGAGUUCCUGACAGUAAUUGUAGUCGUCAAACACAGAUUAUCGGCAUAUCUGAACUACAGUUUCAAUCUGUGAUUUAUUCCGACCAUCGAAAAGAGAUCUGGCAUGCCCUAUGGAAUGAUAGAGAAGUAACGGCAAAAGUAUUCAAGUUAAGACAUAAUUAUAAACAAAAAAUGUACAGAGAUUUUCAACAAGAAUUUCAAAAACUUAGGAUAUUUAAUUCUCCACAUGUUAUUCCUGCACUUGGAAUCUGUAAUGAUCCUCCAAAUUUGAUACUGAUCAGCCAGUUCAUGUCUUGUGGUUCAUUAUUUCACGUACUACAUGAAGACACAAAUAUAACGCUUGAUUUUAGCAGAUGUUUAAAUUUUGCAUUAGACAUAGCAAAAGGGAUGGAAUUUCUCCAUCAAUUGCAACCGUUGUUGGCCAGUUUUCAUCUCAAUAGUAAACAUGUUCUUAUUGAUGCUUAUUUUAAUACUGUUUCCGAUAAGAUUACUGACGAUUUGGUUGCACGUAUCAAUUUGGGCGAUUAUAAAUUUACAUUUUUUGAGAGAGAUCAAAUAACCGAUCCUCAAUGGAUGUCUCCUGAAGCGUUACAAUCUUCAUCGGAUGAAAUUAAUCUUAAAGCAGCUGAUAUAUGGUCAUUUGCUAUCAUUCUGUGGGAGUUAAAUACAAGACAAAUUCCAUUUCAAGAUUUAUCAGCAAUGCAAUGUGGAAUGAAGAUUGUUUUUGAAAAUCUUCGUUUAACAUUUUCAAACAAUUUUUCAAAUCAUCAUUUACAAAAAUUAAUUAAAAUCUGUAUGAAUGAAGAUCCAACGAAACGUCCAACAUUCGAUGCUGUUAUUCCUAUUCUUGAGAAAAUCCAGGCUUCAGUAUAA